AUGUCCGGAGCUUCGAGAAUCCUCUUUGCGAGCACGACCCGAGCCCUGGGCGCGCGCACCUUCAGCACGUCCGCGAGACGGAUGGCCGAUGCGGCGCCUCUUCCGGCAAAGCGGCCGAUGGGAGCUUUCCGCGGAGGACUGUUUGGCUUCCUGUUCGGAUGCGUCCUUUCCGGCAGCGCCGUUUACACCUAUCUCGUUCAGGAGUUCAAGGUUUCCAACGACAUGCUCAGCGAGGAUAUUUACACCCUGCAAGCUUCCGUUACCCGCUUGACAAACUAUGUAAAGGCCCUUGAGCAAAGAACACAGGAGAAGAAAUAA